ACUUAUUCACGCUGCCAUCGGUAUCUAGUACUAGCCAGUACUUAUUUACUCAUGUGCACCUGUUCGAUUUUCUCUUCUUAUCAUUCAUUAUCUUAAGUAGUCUGGCUUGACCUCUUGCCAUUUUCUUAUUUUCCUUUCUAUUCAUCUGUUUUCAAUGAGUCCUGAUCCCCCAAGGAUUCUGCUGGUCGACUCAUAUGACUCUUUCACAUACAACUUAGCAGCGUUGUGUCGGCAGGCUAUCCAAAACUGCUACGUGCAUAUCAUCAAGAAUGAUGAUAUAGAACUUGACGAUCUAUUAUUAUAUCUGCCCUACUUCUCUGGGGUCGUCGUCGGUCCCGGCCCAGGAUCUCCAGAUAUUCCAGAGGACAUUGGUCUCGUCAAAAACCUAUGGAAGAUCGACGACGCACACCUUCUGCCGGUUUUCGGCGUUUGCCUGGGCCUCCAGAGUUUAGCUCUUGAAUACGGGGCUAAUCUACGCAGGCUCUCUGUUGUCAAGCACGGCCACGUAUCUGCUGUCAAGCACAUUGGCACAGAUAUAUUCAAAGGCGUCGGUCCUGUGGAUGCCGUUCGUUACCACUCCCUCCACGUUGAGUUGAGUGGUGCGAAGAACAUCGAAGAACUCGCGUCGACACAUGACGAGGAGAAUGGAAGGGUAGUAAUGGCCCUUAGACAUCGCACUCGACCCUUCUGGGCUGUUCAGUAUCAUCCUGAAUCAGUUCUCACGCGGGGUGGGGGUAUUGAAGUUAUGUUAAACUUCUGGCGUUUAGCGCGAACUUGGAGUUCUUCUCGUGGGCGAGUCACACGCCCAUGGGAUCAGAAAGCAGAUGCAAUCUUUGGCGUUCCGUGGCCAUACGUUCGCUCAUUGCCAAGCAUCUCUCCUAUCAACGCGCCACUACCCGCUUUCUACGAUAAAAUUGGGUAUCCCAGGCUUGUCUUGGGCGUCGACGACGACUCGUCUCCCUUCGUUAUGCUGGAAUCUGCUGCACAUCCAGGCCAGUUUACUAUCAUCGGCUGUUUGACUUCAACGUCUCUCCGAAUCACAUACACCAUUGGAGAUAGUUUCGUUCAUUUGGCAAAUGGGGAGUCGUGCGAUCAAAUAUAUCUGGGAUCUCACGACGUGUGGUCCUGGCUUACUUCUUUUAUGAGCAAGCGGAAGGUCACUGGCGGUUCAUCAGAAAUACCAUUCUGGGGUGGCCUCAUUGGCUACCUGAGCUACGAACUCGGCACUGAUUCUCUCAGAGUAUCAGCCGACGGGACAUGUAGCCAGACACGACAUCCUGAUGUCAACCUUGUGUUCACUGACGACGAAUGGCUGACAGAAAUGGCCGAACAGCUUCAUUCUGUCGCCCGUAAUUAUUCAACAUAUUCUUCAUAUAAUACCACGCCUUAUUCAACCAAGGCGCGACCAAAUACGUCUACUGUCAAUUUACCAGACCGGGACCUCUAUAGAUCCCGGAUUAAUCUUGCGAAGGAGUAUCUCUUUGUCGGAGAAUCCUACGAGCUGUGUCUUACAGCUAAUACUCGCAUCACUUUGAACGACCCGCUGGCACCCAAGGCUUCAUCAACAUACUCCCCAUCCUGGCAGCGUUAUAAACAUCUUCACGAGCUCAACCCCGCCCCUCACGCUGCGUAUCUUCGGUUGCAUCCAUCGACCUUACUGGCCUCAUCACCAGAGCGGUUUCUCUCUUAUACUCGUCCACCUGGAACCACGUAUAAGCUAUGUCCCGUCAAAGGCACCAUACGGAAGGGCCCUCGUAUCACCCGUGCUGUUGCUGAGCAAGCGCUCAGAGGCAGCCAGAAAGAGGUUGCCGAAAACCUCAUGAUUGUCGAUCUUAUUCGGCAUGAUAUGCAUGGAGCUGUUGGAGAGAAUGUGGAAGUUAAACAGUUCUGCACUGUGGAGGAGUGCAAGACAGUGUGGCAGCUUGUUAGCGUCAUCGAAGGCCAGUCGGCAGACGGUGCCGACGAAACUGCCAGCCACUAUGCUAAUGGCGCACUGGGGUGGGAGGUUCUCAGACGCAGCUUACCCCCGGGUAGCAUGACUGGAGCCCCGAAGAAGCGCAGUGUUCAGAUCCUCCAAACACUGGAAGAUGAGGAGCGCAAUGUUUAUUCCGGUGUCUUCGGUUACUGGUGCGCUGGAGGUGGUGGUGACUGGUCUGUUACCAUUCGAAGUUGCUUCAAAUACGAUGACCGAUAUGAAUGCGAUGCUCAUUCGUGGACGAAAUUCAACAAUCCCGAUUUCUACCCUGGUGUUCACGAGCCAGAGCAAUGGGUGAUUGGUGCUGGAGGGGCCAUCACUGCUCUGUCCGACCCUGAUGCGGAGUGGGAUGAGAUGUUGGCAAAACUUCAGUCGGUCCUCCGCGUUUUUGGCGCGGCUGUUCCUCGCGGGAAUUAGUGGAAAUUUAUUUUAUCUUGACGGAUACCUGCUACAUCGCCGGUCUGCAUUGUCUUACACACUAAUUACUGAAUUCAACUUCACCGCAUUUUUUC